AUGAAUCUUGAAAUUGAAAAAAACUCUUCAUAUCUAUUAAGCCCUAUUAUAGUUUACAAAGAAAAAAGAAAAAAUAUUAUUCAACGUAGUUUUAGUUAUGAAAUUAUUAAAGAAGGAGUAUAUUUAAAAGCUCUAUUAUCAGCUUAUACAUCUACAUCUAAAGGAAAACAAUAUAAAAUUCCAGAUCGAUAUGAUGCUAUAAAUCCAAAUUCUAAAACAGCAUGGCCAGGAACUUUAGUAUUUGGUUUACAACUUGAAUCAGUAAAUAAAGCACGUGAAGCAAAAAAUAGAGAGUUAAAAUCUAUUGAACAUUGUAGUAAUCAUACAAUUCUUAGACGUGCAAAAAAAUUUGGAAGUCAAGCUCUUGAACUUUUAAAAUCUAAAUUACUGGAUAAUUAUUCAAAAAAGGAUCAUGUUAAUAUUAAAGCAAUAGAUUAUUUGGUUAAUAAUUAUAAUUUCCAUAUAGAAUUUGGAAAAGAAGAUUUAGUUAAAACAAAACAAAAUCAAUUAGCUACUGUUCAAGCCCUAGAUAAAGCUAAGAUUUCACGAGAAGGUUAUCGAAAUAUAGCUGCAGUUAAUCCUACAAUUUCAUGUAAAUAUGCAAUAUUUAAUGAACGUAUAUUAUUAACUAAACAAAUGGAAGCUAAUAUAAAAAUUACACAAGUAAAUCUUGAAUUUUUGGAAGUUGAAAUAGAUUCUACCGAAGUAGAAAAUGUAGAUCCUAAAGAAAUAACUAAUAUGGCUAGAAUUG